AUGUAUUCAAGUGAUAGAACUGAGUACGCCAACUGCUCUAGAUUCGUUCAGCAGAUGAAUUUUGGGCAGCAUGCCUGGGCUAGGUGGGGCUGGGCCCUCUCGGGCCAACAACAUGUUUGUGAAAAUGGGGUUGUCUCCACCCAAAGUGAAAUGCGAACCCCGUCCAAAAAAAAUGAAAAUGGGUUCAAAGUGGAGGAGGAUGAUGAUGUCUCUUCGAUCACGGGGAGUGAAAUGUUUGCCCUCAACCCUGACUUCUUAUCUAGUCAAAGUAAAUGCCAGUCAUGGUUAGAGCAGCAAACUCUUGAAGCUACCUCUUAUUUCGCAGCCCCUCCAUCUGAUCCUGGGUUGCCACAAAAAGAGGUAGUUAAAAAACAACCUCUUGUUCCCUACACCCCGUCAGCCUCCUCCACCUCCACUCGUUGUACACGCACUAGAGAAGAGGAAGGCCGAAUCUCUUCUCCAAGCAGUCGAUUUGCAAGAGCAGUUCUCAGGCAGGGUAAUCUGAAACAGUUUUAUGGUUUAAGUAAGAGGCUAGGAUACAGCAAUCCCCCUAGACAAAUAGCUCUGAUCUCUGAAGCAGAGAAAGAGAACCAUGUGGUUCCAUUUCCAUCCAUUUCCAGUGGAAAUUCUGCGAAAAGGAAAUGUUUGGGAAACAAAACGGAUUUGGCUGAAGCAAGCAUUCCAUCCAACUUGUGUGAUACUCCUAUCCCUGGUCCUUCAACCACACAAGGCAAGAGAAGUUCAAUUAUGUUAUUUUACCCACUUCAUUUCUAGUUCUAUGUA